ACAGCACUUGGCGGCUCCGCGGCUCCUCAGCUCCUCUCGGUUUGGGGUUUUGCAACUGGCAGCUGGCUUUUUUCCCUCCUCCCCUGUCGAGGGCUCUCCUUCUUCUUUUAGGUUGCUCCACCCCGCCCAGGAUCAGGCGAGGGGGAAACAAGCUCCGCCGCCGCUGCCAACUGGCGCCCAGCGCAGCGGCGAACGCGGGGAGUGGAGACCGGGGUCUGAGCGCGCGCUGCGGGGUAUCUGCUUCUUCCGAGCCCCGGCUGCCCGAGUCCUCCUACCCUCACCCCUUCUCCACUUUUUCCCCCGUUUGCAAUCACAUGGCAUUUUAAGAAUGCUGGAAAGAUGGCGGUAGCGGCGGCGGCGGUGGCUGCGCCGGCUGGCGGUGGAGGCGCCCGGGCGCAGCGGAGCGGACUGCUGGAAGUUUUGGUGCGGGAUCGCUGGCAUAAAGUUCUAGUGAACUUGAGCGAGGACGCCCUGGUGUUGAGCUGCGAGGAGGGCGCUGCGGCGUACAACGGUAUAGGGACUGCCACCAAUGGUUCGUUCUGCAGGGGCUCCAGCACCGGGCACCCGGGCACUGGUGUCUCUCAAGCCCCGGACUCUCCCUCCGGGGUCCGCACCGCCUUCACCGACCUCCCGGAGCAGGUGCCUGAGUCCAUCUCAAACCAGAAGAGGGGCGUGAAGGUGCUAAAGCAGGAACUGGGCGGGCUGGGCAUUAGCAUCAAAGGGGGCAAGGAAAACAAGAUGCCCAUACUCAUCAGCAAGAUCUUCAAGGGGCUGGCAGCGGAUCAGACCCAAGCCCUGUAUGUGGGUGAUGCCAUCCUGUCGGUGAAUGGAGCAGACCUGCGGGACGCCACCCACGACGAGGCAGUGCAGGCACUGAAGCGCGCAGGCAAGGAAGUGCUCCUGGAAGUGAAAUACAUGAGAGAAGCCACACCUUACGUGAAGAAAGGAUCCCCAGUGUCUGAGAUUGGAUGGGAAACACCUCCACCUGAGUCUCCAAGAUUAGGGGGUAGUUCUGCAGAUCCUCUGUCAUCCCAGUCCUUCUCUUUCCAUAGAGACCGGAAAAGCAUCCCCCUCAAGAUGUGUUACGUCACUCGGAGCAUGACCUUGGCUGACCCAGAAAACAGGCAGCUAGAAAUUCACUCACCAGAUGCUAAGCACACAGUGAUCCUGAGGAGUAAGGAUUCUGCCACUGCCCAAGCCUGGUUCAGUGCCAUUCAUUCCAACGUUGGUGACUUGCUGACCCGUGUGGUUGCUGACAUCAGGGAGCAGCUGGGGAAGACAGGCAUUGCCGGCAGUCGUGAGAUCAGGCAUCUUGGCUGGCUUGCAGAAAAGGUACCCGGAGAGAGUGAGAAACAGUGGAAACCAGCCCUGGUUGUUCUGACUGAGAAAGAUCUUUUAAUCUACGACAGCAUGCCACGGAGGAAAGAGGCGUGGUCCAGCCCAGUGCAUUCCUACCCACUUCUUGCCACCAGGCUGGUCCAUUCUGGUCCAGGAAAAGGAUCUCCCCAGGCUGCUGUGGAUCUGUCCUUUGCAACCCGAACUGGUACCAAGCAAGGAAUUGAAACACAUCUCUUCAGGGCAGAGGUCAGCAGGGACCUCUCCCACUGGACGAGGAGCAUCGUGCAGGGAUGCCACAAUGCCGCGGAGCUCACUGCCGAAGUCACGGCAGCCUGCACCUACAGAAACCAGGAAUGCCGCUUGACCAUACAUUAUGACAAUGGAUUUUCUAUUUCCACUGAGCCUCAGGAUGGUGCCUUUCCCAAGACAAUCAUACAGUCCCCUUACGAGAAGCUCAAAAUGUCUUCAGAUGAUGGAAUCAGGAUGCUCUAUUUAGACUUUGGAGGCAAAGAAGGAGAGAUUCAACUGGACCUUCACUCCUGCCCCAAGCCGAUCGUUUUCAUCAUCCAUUCCUUCCUGUCUGCGAAGAUAACACGACUGGGCUUGGUGGCCUAAGCAGAGAGGCGACUUGCUUUGGGAAAGGAAGCCUGCCGUGCCUCAGGACCGUGACAUCCGGACAAUGCACCAGAUGUAGGAUCCACAGCCAGCUUCCGGUUUCGGGAGUCACAUAUAACAUCCUAUGCUCCUCUAUGGGUUUCAGAAACUUCAAGGGACACACUAAAGAAAACACCACAGGGGGUAUCAGAAUAAAAUGUUGUAGAACAGAACAAAGAGGUGAGGGCAGGUGAAUAUGCAGAGCAUAUCUUUUAAAUAAUGACAACCAAGGACACAGCCAUUACAACAGCAUGAGAAGAUCUUAAUCACACCGGUUUCUAGGCAACUGGGUCACCCAGGUAAGCCAGAGCUGAGCAGAUGAGAAAUGGAUAGUUAUACCUAUUCCUCUGCCUCUAGGAACAGCCCCUUGCUUCCUUGUAAUUUAUUUCCUGAUUCAAGUUAAGCUAACUUUCAUUGGUAGGAACAACAACAACAAUACACCCCCUUUUUCCUUUAAAGAAUGAAGCAGCUGUUACUUAAUUUCCUUAAUGAGUUAUUUUUCUGUUGGUCUAGAGUGAUUGCAAUGUGUUCUCAAUUGCAUAUGUUGAACAGGAAUGAAAUAAAGCAUUGGAUACUGACCUGAGCUCUAAGCUGGCACAAUCUGAGCCAAAGUGGACUGUUUCCAAUUGCAAAGCUAUCCUGAAGACUCAUACACACAAACAAUGAUUAAUUCUGGAACUCUACUCCACCCACACCCAUGGAUGCUGUCUUACAGCCAAAACUGGUACCUGCAUUUACAGAAAUCAAAUUCCAGGCAAUUUUUUAAAAGAUUGUCAUUACACACACAGACACAUAUACACACAUACCUACACAAACAUACACAUAUGCAUGUACACACAUGCAUACACAUACACACACACCUACACAAGCAUAUACAUAUGUGUGCAUACACAUGCACACACACACAAACAAAUACACAUAUGCAUGCACACACAUGCAUACACAUACACAUACACACACCUACAAAGCAUACACAUAUGUGUGCACACACAUGCACACACAUAUGCGCGCACACACACAGUUGGAAGUUAACCAUCUGUAUUAUUUACAUUAUUUUCAGUGGUCCCUGCUUCUGCCUGUUCUCAUGUACACGCAUUUUAAGCAAUGAAAAGCAUCUCUCAGUUCUUAAUGAUGCUAUUUUACACAGACAGAACCAGAGAUAUGAUCAAAUCUACAGAGAGCAUCUAUAUUAAUUUUGGAAUUCCAGGGGAAGGAUAUAGUGACCUGAUAUUUUUCUACAAGAGUAUUUUGAGGCAUUAUCUAGCCUGUAAAUACUUAAUGCUUUUUGAUUUUGCCUUUCAAGAUCCAGUCACUUAAAGCUACACACAUUAUUUGAUUUCGGAGCUACUUUUAGUUAGGAGGAGGGGACAAGCAGCCCAUUUUAUAGUGAGUCAGGCUUACCCAGCUGUUGCCAGGUAACUGUCGGGCGGAGCUUAUACAGAAUGCUAACACUUUUCACAAGCCCUGAAAAUUAAGCCUAGAAAUUUGAAUUUUCAGUACUUGUUUUCUGUACUAGUGUUUUACACUAGCACAUGCCCUGUGUUGUGCCUGUGCUGGAAGAUUCACAGUUUAGCAGAGACCCAUGCAAACCGAAACUGUCCGAAGGCCCCGGAUUAAGCUUCCUCAGACCUGAGUGUUUAUAGAGUUACAGUUGUAUUUUAAACUAUCAUUUCCCCAAAGCACUUCCCAUACAACACCAUUUCCAAGGUACACUGAACAGUGUUUUCAGAUGGGGAGUUGGUAAUUUAGGAGCUUGUUGAUAAAAAAAAAUAUUUGCAAACUAGCAACUUAAGUUAUGUUAGCCCUCGUUGGAUUUACUAGCCUCCUCAAAAAUUCUGGUCUUCUUGGAUCUUAGUCUUGAAGGUGGGGGUGAAGGUUCUAUGCCUUGCACUUCUUUAGAAUGGGGCAUCUAUGAAGCUAGUGGUUUUUGUAGAUGAUGCUAGAGGAACUGCCACCACAGGACAUUGACUUUCGGUUGGUUUCCUAUUUUAAAAUGUUGAAGAGUAGAGGCUGGCUUCAAACCUGCAGUAAAGUGUUGAUGCAUUUGUAAAUUGUAUUGUACUCUUUCACACUAUAUAUUUUCAGAGAUCACUGGAAUGUUGUUAUACAAGAGAAUUAUACUUAUGUAUUGUAAAUAACAUGAUACAUAUAUUAAUUCCAAUAGUUUAGUUCAACAAUGUGUAAUCUAAGGUGCUCGGUACUACAUGAAGUUUGAGUGAAUUACUCAAGUUGCAAAGAAUCUAUUAUAUAUUUAUAGACAAAUUAAAUUGACCAUAGUUACAGAUAUUGUUUCUUUAUUGCUUACGUUUUAGACUGAUCGAUAUCUGGGUAAGAAUCAACAUAAACUAUCUUUUCCAUUUUUAAAAUUUUAAUUUAAAUAUUUAUAUUUUAGGGAAAGUAUAUUUGAAUAAAAUCAAUGCAUUUUCUGAAGUAAAUUGAAAUGUGUUAUUAGCAAGAAAUAGAAAAACUUUACUAAGAGCGUUGUGUAUAUGAUUGAUUUUUUCCUCCUAAUUAAAGUAUAUCAUAUCAGAGUGGCUAUGAUGAGUCAGUUCCAAAUAUUCACUAUUGCUUCUCAGCUUGGAUUUUACACGUCAUCAUCAAAUAAUGACUUCAGAGUGUAUUUUUUAUCUUGUCUUAGGCAUUAGUGGAUGACGCCAACUAAGUCUGCUUCAUGUCUCAGCCAGUGCAUUAUCAUCUUAGUCAUUUGGGAGACUUUUUUUCGGAUUUGCUUUGUUCUUAGUUCUGUGAAGUAUGGAACCCAUAAUAUCUGUUCCUAAAUUACAACCAGGACAGAUGAACAAUCUUUACUUGGUAGAUUGUUCCUCCGUUGCCAGAGUGUGAAUUCAUUAGUCUGGUAAUAUACCCAAGCGUCUCAUCUUACAGACAUUUCAAGAAGGCAAGAAGGACAGAGAUUAUGUCAUCUUUUUCUAACAUGAGCUAAAUAAUAAUAAUAAUAAAUCAAACUAUACAAUUAUUAUGAACUACCCAGACAAAGGUAUUUAAUGAAUGGCAUCAAUGAAGUGUGGAAAUGAUUUUUGGGUGUAACUUGAGUUGUUAUUUUUUUUUCUUUUCUAAAUCUGCCUGUGUUUAUAGCCCCUAUGAAUGUCAUGUACAAUUGAUAUAUAAACUAAAUAAAUAUUUGCCUCAGAUA